AUGUACCCCAUGAGAAUUGCUAUCGGCAAGGGCAUCCUUCGAGAGAUGCGGAAUUCCAAGCUUGGCGCUUCGGUUGCCGCGGCGCACCAGGGAGGAUGGCGUUGUUUGAGCGGCUGGCCUGUUGGGGACGGUCGGGGCGCGCCGGAGGGCGUCGCUGGCCGCGGCCCUGGCGGCAUGCGCAUUGCGUAUAGGGGGUGGGUGGUGCUUGGGCUUGGGUGCCCGUCGGCGCCUUUUUCAAGUUGGGGAGAGUUCCGGGCGUGCGCCGCGCGGCGGCAGCGGGGCCAAGUUUGGGUCGGCGUUGUGCCGCGUCCAGGUGGUUGA